AGGACGGAUUCCCAACAGAUCUCCUCUUUUUCCUUCCAGGAGGUGCCGCAGGAGCAUCUGAGCUCCCUGAGGAAAGGGCGUGAGGAAGCCAAAGCCGAGAGGGAGAGGCAGAGCGAGGACUUACUGAAGCAGACGGAAGUGGAGAGGCAGAAGAUCGUGGCCGAGUGCAAGGAGCUCCGGGGCUUCCUGGAGGAGAAGGAGCAGCUCUUGCUGUCCCGUCUGGAGGAGCUGGAUAGGGACAUCGUGAAGAGGAGGGAUGAGAGCGUCUCCCGUCUCUCGGAGGAGAUCGCCCAGCUGGAUAAGCUGCUGGGAGAGCAAGGAGGAGACAACGGCUCUGGAAACCAGGGCGUCGUCCCAGCUGGAAGCAGCUUUGAGAGCUGGAUGUUCUGCAAGCCGGAGGCGGGAUUCACGGAGCUGGAGAAGAAACUCAAGAGCUUUUCCCAGAAGAGCGCGGUGCUGAAAGAAGUUUUGCUGGAAUUCAAGGAGAACCUCCGCUUCGAGCUGGAGAACGACACAGGGGAUCUCUCUUUGGACCCGGACACCGCCAACCCCUACCUGGUGCUGUCGGAGGACAAGAGGAGCGUGCGACUCCGCAGCGCUCCGCAGGAACUCCCGGCAAAUCCCAAAAGAUUCGAUUAUUCCUUCUGCGUCUUGGCGGCGGAGGGUUUCGUUGCUGGGAGGCAUUACUGGGAGGUGGAGGUGGGGGACGGGGAGAGCUGGGUCCUGGGGGCGGCCCGCGAAUCCGUCCGGAGGAAGGAAAAAAUCGACUUCGCUCCGGAGGAAGGGAUUUGGGCGGUGGGAUUGAACUGGAAAGGGAAAAAUUGGGAUCAGUAUCAGGCUUUUACUUCCCCGGAGACUCCCCUGUCCCUGUGCGAGAGGCCCAGGAAAAUCGGGGUGUACCUGGACUACGAGGGGGGGUGGGUGGCGUUCUACAACGCCGACAACAUGGCGCCCAUCUUCACCUUCACCGCCGCCUUCACCGAAAAGAUCUUCCCGUUUUUCUGGCUCUUCUACGUCGGCUCCUCCCUCUCCCUUUGCAAUUGA